AAAAAAGUGUCUGCUUAAUUUUAACAGUGGAAUGAGGAAUCUUCAUCUCCUUGAUUUUCAUUUUCAGCUCAUCUCCCGCUUCACAAUAAUAAUAAUAAUAUUAUGUUGUUGUCGUAACUCGUAAAGCGUAAGCAGCCAAGCGGGCAUCCUGCCGUCUGCGUGGGAGGAGGGAUAAAGAAUCGAUGGGAACAACUUUCCGCGAUACGGUCGCGUCUCUUGCGCUGAGACGCACAGUGUGUCUCAAACGAUAUAUCGCGGCACCACGCCGAGUGGAAUUAUUUAUUUAUACAUAAUAAAAACCUAGUGAUAUUAAAUUCGUUAAAAGAAUUAAUGGAUUUAUUAAAUAACUACAAAACUAGGCUUAUAACAAAACGUUCCAAAUGUUCAAAUGUGACUAUAGUGAAAGUGGGCUUUCUAAUAAAUGUAAUUAUUUAGAUUGAGAUGUGGUCCAUAGUGAAUACUUAGGACGCAUACAUGAAUUUAAGGAACAAGGUAAUGAGAGGAGAUACAUCCAAGUUGUGGUUGCUGGUAGCUACACUAGCGCUUGGGUCCGUGUGGGGUAUAGAACAGUGCGAGCGUGGACAUAGCUGGUGGGAUCGGGAGCGCGGCGCCUGCAUCCCCUGCACGCGAUGCGAUACGGCGCGCAGGCUCGUCGUCAAGUUCCCAUGUGAGCUGCACCGCGACACUAUCUGCCAGUCGCUCUAUGAGAUCAACAUCUGGGGCUUCAACACGCCCCGCCGAAGCAAAGACAAUAAUGGAACUAGUUCAGUGCCCAGUGAUCACGAAUACUACGAUUAUGUGGACUACGACAGUGAAGUGACGGAACGUAACGAUGAACAAGUGUGGGACAUGCAAACGACCAGCCUCACCCUGGCGGCGAGUGGUUGUGUAGUAUUCUUUCUAGUUGUGCUUGUUCUGUCGCUGUACCAUGCGAAACAGUGGAGGGUGCUUAAGCAGGCGCUCAAGUCGGAUGUUCAAGACCUGACAGCGAAGCUUAAACUCAUGGAAUCAGGAGGCGAGGCGCCGGCUGAACCACCGCUGUCCCCGGAACACCACAUCUACUGUAACAUUCACAUCGGAAAAGAUUCUUUACUGGGUUCAAACACAAUAAAAAAAGGGACAGGCAACGUGUACACGCAAGAAAAGCACCAGUCUUGAUUCUGUACCUCCGAGAGUUUUAGGGAAUCAUCAGUACAAAAUUAUUUCAAUAUGUACCUAUAACAAUAAUGUGACCUCGCACACCGAGAGAAAAGAAUAUUAUAUAUUUUCAUAAAUAUA